GCGGUGGCGGAGCCUCGCCCGGGACGCCCCGCGUAGGUCCAGAGCAAGAAUCUGCGUGUAAAAGAACGUUCUGUACCACGUUAGACCUGACAGCGCAGUGCGGUUCCUGGUGCUUGGGAAGCUCCUGUUUCAGCAAGUAGAAGAGACUUGUGUGUAGUUGUUGAGCCCACCUGGCUGUUUUAAAGAUGUGGAGUUGCUUCUGAUGCUGUGACAAUGGAGUUGAGCUGCGCUGAAGUACCCCUUUAUGGACAGGUGACUAUACAUGCAAAAUUUGGCAAAGACAUUUACCUCCCAGAGGACGCUGAGUUCUACUUUGUUUACGAUGGAUCCCUGAAAAGGCACAUAAUGUUUGCUGAGCGAGUUAGUGACAACGCUCUUCGGUCCAUUGUUCCAGGCCAUGGAUGCCAAGAAGCAGUUUCUGUCUCUGUGUUAAUGUACACAAGGGGUUACUCACCUGUGGUCCUCGGCAGCUGUCCUGUCACUUACAGAAAGAAUCUGUCUUGCAAGUUGUCUCGCUUUCUGGUUGAUCACGCAGAAUGUAUCACUGCCGCUAGUCACAAGAUGUUGCUGGAUAAGUUUGAGCUAAGCAUAAAAGAUCUGCAGUCCCUGGAUAAUGAUUUGAUGAUGGCCGUUGCUCAUGAAGAAUUGCCAUCGACCUGGAACAUCCUCGGAAGCUGCUCAGAAGGUGAGCCUAAACAUAAAGAAACUCUUCUCCACCUUGUGAUGAAAUUGGGCUUGGUUAAGCUUUCCCAGUUCUUAGUAGCCCAGCCUGGAGGGUCAUCAGCAUUAGCAUUACCUAAUGAGGAUGGAGCAACACCAUUAGAUUUGGCUUUACAAAAUGGGCACUCCAAACUUGUUGAGGUCUUCACAAAUUUCCAGGGCAGUCACUUGCUUGACAUCUCAAGAGCGGAGAUCAGUGAGGGUGCUUGCAUGCAGUUUGUUCAUUCAUCAGGAGCUUUGACGCUGACAUUUAGCCACACGGCACAACACUUGCUGGAGUCGGACAUUAAGCUCUUCAGAAAAUACUUCUGGGACAGACCUCUUCUUUACCAGAGUAUUAAUUCAAACCAAGUUGAGACAGUGGAAGGUCCAAAAAUGCCCUGCAGUACAACAAGCUCUGUAGAAGGUCCUGUGAACUUGGCAUCUGAUGAAUUGUCCCAGGAGGAUACGAAGCCUUUCCGAGACUCUGUGGUUCGUUCUAAAGAAAAUGAAGAUCAUGUCCUGUUGGGCAUAGAGCAGAGACACUCUACCCUUGAUGUUCUGAGGAAACUCAAGGCUCCACCUACCUUCUUUGCUGCAGCCAGACUUUCUGCCAUGCUGAGUGGAAGUGAUGAAGUAUAUGCAAACUGCAUGGUAGUAGACCAAGCUGGAGAUUUAAAGACUCACUACGUUUGUGGAGAUGGUGUCAGCAGUGAAACAUGUCUGAAUCCCACCAAUUCAAUCCCGAUGGCUAAGAGCUCUUCAUCUCCCUCCCUUGAGGAGAAUGACCAAUAUAUAUAUGUUCCAAAUGAAGGAAAUCAAAGGCCAGUGAAAAAUGGAGAAAAUGCAGGUUUAAGACAUACUGUUUCACCUUCUGAUCCGUAUGGAGCAGAUUCAUACCUUCCUUUCAGGACCCAUGGAUUUAUUAAGGAUCGGGGCCAACUUUAUGCUGACAUGAAAAAAAGAAGUUCAAGUCUCGAUGACCUUGAAGUAGAUGGCGGAAGUGUUUUGGACAGAUCCCACGUUCACUACCCUCCCCUCGGCUCUUCAGAGGCCAUGGCUUGUAGCAGAGAUGGAUUAGACUUAUCUACCAGUCUGCAGCCCAAGGCAUGCACAGUGUCUGGGAUUCGAUCACGCUCCUAUUCCUGCUCCUCGCCCAAGGGUUUAUUAGGAAGACCUCACAUUCCUCGGGACUUUGCAGUUGAGGAUUCGAAUGAAGAGCGAGCGUACAGUCUGCCUGAGCAGUCCCGAGAGAAAAGGAUCCAGGAGGAGGAAUGGAAUAAAUAUAUUGUACCCUCAAAAAAUGAGUCUGAAAAAUGUAAAGUCAGUCGGACUUUCAGCUUUCUGAUGAACAGAAUGACCAGCACACGAAAUAAGUGCAAGACAAAAAAUAAAGAUACCAAAGAUAAAGAGAAACUGAACAGGCACAAUUUUACAAAUGGGACCUUCUCAGGAGUUAUCCCAUGUAUGGCCUGUGAAAAGGCCCUCCUAGGAAAGGAGUCACUGCAGUGCUCUCAUUGCAACGUGAUUGUGCAUAAGAGCUGCAAGGAGUGUGCUCCUGUGUGCACCAAGAAAUCCCAGGAGAGGUACCAUAAUAAAAACAAAUCUCAAGCUGGGGUAACAAAUUCCCUGCCUGGAGACAUUUCACAGACAGUGCUCUCCUCAGUGCAUCCUUCUUCCUCUGUGCCUAUCGGACUGUCUGCUGGAAGGAGGGAAGCCUCACAACAGUCCCGCUUCUUGUCCAAAAGUGUCCCCAGUGCCAGUUUGGAAAGAAGUUCUAUGCCGUUUUCUGAACAAGACUCUGAGACUAGCACUUGGAGGUCCAAGUCACGUUCUGAAGAGAUGUUGCAAGCAUUAGGGACCUUUUCUUCAGUGGAUCCUUUUGUGAUGGAAGAUGAUGUGGAUUUGUCUCAGUGGACUGAUCUCCGCACAGAUGCACAAGACUUUGAGGCAGAGUCCUGGAGUGUUGUUGUGGAUCCAAUGUUCUGUAGCAAGCAAGAAAAGGAUGUCAUCAAGAGGCAGGAUGUCAUUUUUGAGCUGAUGCAAACAGAAGUGCAUCACAUCCAUACCCUGUUCAUUAUGUCUGAAAUAUUCAGGAAAGGGAUGAAGGAAGAACUGCAGCUGGAUCACAGCACAGUGGACAGAAUAUUCCCCUGCUUAGAUGAGCUACUGGAGAUGCACAGGCAAUUCUUCUGGAGAAUGAAGGAGAGACGGCAGGAAUCAUGUGAGGCGGGGAGCGAACGUAAUUUUGUCAUCAGCAGAAUUGGAGACAUCCUUGUGCAGCAGUUUUCAGAGGAAAAUGCAACUAAAAUGAAGAAAAUAUACGGAGAGUUUUGCAGCCAUCAAAAAGAAGCUGUUAAUCUCUUCAAAGAGUUGCAACAAAACAAGAAGUUCCAGAAUUUUAUUAAACUGAGAAAUAGUAACCUGUUGGCGCGACGCCGAGGAAUCCCUGAGUGCAUUUUGCUCGUCACCCAACGAAUCACCAAAUACCCUGUUCUGGUUGAAAGGAUAUUGCAAUACUCAAAAGAAGGAACAGAAGAACAUAAAGACCUGUGCAAAGCCCUUCAUCUAAUUAAGGACAUCAUUGCAGCAGUAGAUUUGAAAGUGAAUGAGUAUGAGAAAAAGCAAAAGCUGUUGGAAAUUCUCAGUAGAACUGAAAACAAAACAUAUACAAAGUUGAAAAAUGGCCAUGUUUUUAGGAAGCAAGACUUGAUGAGGAAAGACAGGAUGAUACUUCAUGAGGGUUUAGUGUACUGGAAGACAGCGACUGGUCGUUUCAAAGACACCUUAGCUCUGCUUCUAACUGAUGUACUGCUGUUCUUACAAGAAAAAGAUCAAAAAUACAUCUUUGCAGCUGUUGACCAGAAGCCUUCCGUUAUCUCCCUUCAGAGACUCAUAGUAAGAGAAGUAGCCAACGAAGAAAGGGGGAUGUUUCUGAUUAGCGCUUCAUCUGCGGGGCCUGAGAUGUAUGAGGUUCAUACCAGCUCCAAAGAGGAACGUAACAACUGGAUGAGGCAUAUUCAAGAUGCAGUGGAAAGUUGUCCAGAGGAAGAAGAAGAAGGAAAAAUGAGUGAAUCUGAUGAGGACAGACGUAUUGCUGAGGCCAAAGCAUCCAGAAUUCAGAAAUAUCAAGAGUCACUGAGUAACCAGGACCAGCAGAUCUGUAGUUAUUUGGAAGAGAAGUUGCAUAUCUAUUCAGAACUGGGAGAUAUGAGUGGGUUUGAGGAUGUUCAUGUAGAACCUCACCUCCUUAUCAAACCUGAUUCUGGAGAAACUCCACAGGCUGCUUCAUUGCUGGCAGCAGCACUCAGAGAAGUUGAAAGUCUCCAUGUUGCUGUAACAACAUCACAAGUGAGUGAAACAGACCGAUCACCAGAGGAAAGUAUUGAGGAAUUAAGUGUGAAGCACAGAUUUAGUGCCAAUGAAAUCUUGGAAUCUGUUCCUGGUGAUGCAGAAAUAAAAGAAGUUGAAGAAUCAUCUGCAGUUGAUCUCAGCGUUGAAAACGAAACGGCAGGUGCCAGUCUAGAGGAUAAGGGAGGAAGUAUGAGUUUCCCAGGAUCUACAAGGACAGAGAUUGUACAAGCAAUCCAGAACUUAACCCGUCUCUUGUACAGCAUACAGGCAGCACUAGCUAUCCAGGACAGUCACAGAGAGCUCCAUAGGUUACUCCUGCAAGAGAAUGAGAAGACCGGUCGGGGCCAUGGUUCUCGGCUAAAUCUCCUUCUGGAACAAGAAAAAUACCGGAAUCUGGAAAAACAAAGGAUGGAGUUGGCCAACAUACACAAACUGAAGCAGCAGUUUCAGCAAGAACAGCAGCGGUGGCUGCGUGAAUGCGACCAGCGGCAGCGGGAGCAGGAGGCGAGGGAGGGCCGGCUGGGGCAGCGGGAGAGAGAAUGCGGGUGCCAGGAGGAGCUGCUGGAGAGGAGCCGACGGGGACUGGCACUGCAGCUGCAGGAGUACCAGCAGAACCUGGAGAGGCUCCAGGAGGGCCAGAAAAUGGUGGAGAGAGAAAGAGACAGUGUGAAAAUGCAGAAGCAGCUCCUCUGGCACUGGAAGCACAGUGAACAAAGUAGCCUGUUAUCAUCCACAGGGAGCUAUGAGAUAAUGGGACAUAAUCAAUCGGACAGCUUACAUGGCGAAAAUACAUACUACUUAAAUGAAGCUGUAGUGUGUGUGUCUCUAAGCAGUCUCAACAGAUCAGAUUCUUCUCUUGUUUAUGAGGAUGGUGUGUAUGGGCUGAACAUCUCAAAUUCUGAUAUAGCAAGGACUAGUGAAAAUCAGGUGGACCUCAAAAUGGACACUUCUUGUCAGCCAACGUUAACGAGUGCACUGUGGAAAUCCACUGGUCCUUACCAGCAGAUGUCUUUUUCCUGCAAAAGCAACAAAGAUGCCUUUAAUAAUGAUCUGAAUGCAUCACAGAUCCAGGGUCCCCAAACAAGCAUUCCAAACCAGAGAUCCAUCCAGCCGCCACGGGUAGACACACCACUGCUGAACCACCAGCCCGAGAGCCUGCAGGAUGCAGAAAGUGGAGGCAGAGUAGAGGAGAAGAUUGUUUACCUCUGAUGGCUUGUUUUCUAAUCUCAGCAACUCUGGAAAUAUAAUUGUGUUUGCUUUUCUAAAUGUCCAUAGUUGCUCUCUGUAUGACUAAAUGGCUUCAAGGGUAGUAUUUAAUAUUCAGUGCAAGAUUUUCCCCAUGAUAAAUAUAACAAUUAAGUUAUUUUGAAGCCUUUGUUUUAUAAUCUUUAAUUUAUGACAUGAUUUCAAAUGCUUUGCAAGAAGCAAUGGGUAGCAGGGGAGACGUAACAUUUUGGAAUUGUAAAGAUGCCACCAAGAGCUGUGAAAGCUAGUGUUAAUUUUCUCUUGAGUCCUCUUUUUAAAAGGGCAAGCUAAGAGAGGUGGGCCUGCUAUCUGAGAUUUCAGAGUAUGGAUCAGUAACCUUCUAACAGUUGUGAUAUAACAUGAGAAGACUGCAAUGUAAGAAUGAUGGCUAUAGUCUUUGCUGAAAUGUGCUAAUUACCCUUAACUAUUGGGUCAUUUUCCUUAUUCCUUGGCUCAGGAACUGCUCAGAAAAGGAUGUUUUUUAUGGUCUCAACAUAAUUGCAUAAUUGUAAAUGUUUGUUCAUGUCCCAAAGCUUAUCAUCAUUUUGGUACUACUGCCAGUUUCUGUGCAGAGAUGGUGUAAAUCAGUUUGUUAUUGUAUUAUAACUGUACCUCAUUUCAGUAAAUGCCCUUAUGCAUUAAAAUUUACCAGAUGAAACCAUCUCACUGGUCAAAAGAAAAGAAAGGGGAAAAAUAGUAGGCUUUUAGUUAACUGAACUCUUCUGAAACUCUGCUGCUUUCCCAUGUAGGAGCCAGCUCGCUUCCUGCUUUCAGGUUCACGGGAUCAUCUGUGCAUUAGGCAGUAAGAAACCAGGACCUGUUUCGUGCCUUUUUGUCUUUCAGAAAUAUUUGUACACUUAUGUCAAAUUGAAUAAAUAUUCUGUGCAUUUCU